GCCCGUGUUUUGUUUCCGUUUCUCUCCCGGCGGCUCCGCGGCCCCAUUUCCGUUUCGGGUUCAAACAACGCCAUGGAGGCGCCGCGGGAAGCGGGGCCCGCGGGCAGGCGGCGGCGGCGGGGCAGGGCUCAUGGGGUCGGGAAUGGGAGUGCUCCCGCCGCGGGGAAACUCAUCCCCGCUCGUAAAAACCUUGGCUGGAAGCGUGACUGGAUGUGUGGCGUCUCGGGGCUCUCCCCUUGCAGCGCUCUGUUCUUAAGACAUUGCAGCCAUGACUAAGAGAGAGGCAGAGGAGCUGAUAGAAAUUGAGAUUGAUGGAACUGAGAAACAGGAAUGCACAGAAGAAAGCAUUGUCGAGCAAAGCUACACCACCGCAGAAUUUGUUAGUCAGGCUAUUGACAUCAGUGAACCCAUUGGAAACCUUAAGAAGUUGCUGGAACCCAGACUGCAGUGUUCCUUGGAUGCACAUGAGAUUUGUCUGCAAGAUAUCCAGCUGGACCCAGAUCGAAGCCUUUUUGAUCAAGGAGUGAAAACAGAUGGAACAGUGCAACUCAGUGUACAAGUAAUAUCUAGGCAAGGGAUGGAGCCCAAGUUGAACAUCCUGGAAAUCGUGAAGCCUGUAGAGACCGUGGAGGUUGUGAUUGAUCCAGAUGCUCAUCAUGCAGAGGCUGAAGCUCACCUUGUUGAGGAGGCUCAAGUGAUCACCUUGGAUGGAACAAAACAUAUUGCAACAAUUUCAGAUGAAACGUCUGAGCAGGUGACACGAUGGGCUGCAGCACUGGAAGGCUACCGGAAGGAGCAGGAGCGCCUUGGGAUACCUUACGACCCAGUUCAGUGGUCAACAGACCAGGUGCUCCACUGGGUGGUGUGGGUGAUGAAGGAGUUCAGCAUGACUGACAUCGACCUCAAUGCACUCAGCAUUCCUGGGCGGGACCUCUGCAACCUCAGCCAAGAAGAUUUCUUCCAGCGUGUCCCACGGGGAGAAAUCCUCUGGAGCCACCUGGAACUUCUUCGAAAGUAUGUGUUGGCUAGCCAAGAACACUCUGGAGAAAUAGCAACUGUUACAAUUGAUCAGCCUGUGCAGAUUAUACCAGCAUCUGUACAGCCUGCUACCCCAACCACCAUCAAAGUGAUAAACAGCAGUGCAAAAGCAGCUAAAGUACAGAGAGCUCCGAGGAUCUCCGGGGAAGAUAGGAGUUCUCCUGGGAACAGAACAGGGAACAACGGCCAGAUCCAGCUGUGGCAGUUUUUGUUAGAACUUCUGACAGACAAAGAUGCUCGGGACUGUAUUUCUUGGGUUGGUGAUGAAGGAGAGUUUAAAUUGAAUCAACCUGAGCUGGUUGCACAGAAAUGGGGACAGCGCAAGAACAAGCCCACAAUGAACUACGAGAAGCUUAGUCGGGCUUUGAGGUAUUACUAUGAUGGAGACAUGAUCUGCAAGGUGCAAGGCAAGAGGUUUGUGUACAAAUUUGUGUGUGACCUGAAGACUCUGAUUGGGUACAGCGCGGCAGAGCUGAACCGCUUGGUCACGGAGUGCGAGCAGAAGAAGCUGGCCAAGAUGCAGCUCCAUGGCAUUGCACAGCCAGUUACAGCAGUGGCACUGGCUACAGCAUCCCUGCAAGCAGAGAAAGAUAAUUGAGCACUGGGACCUGUAAGUGGGAACCUGAGGCCUUUCCUCUAUAACCAGAGCAGUUGGAUCAAGCUCUUACCUUGAUCAGAAUUGGAAACGUCUUUUGUUUCUUGAUUGUACAAUAUAGAGCAUGAAUUUCUAUAAAGAACUCAGAUGUGCAUAAAUUUGGAUCUUUUAACAGCAUAUAUUUUAAUGUAAGUUAAGGGAUCACCCCAACUUCUGCAGCUAGUGAGAGGUGGAGCCCGUGACCACAGCUGUGCAAAGUAAUUUCUGCAACACUUUUAACAAAAAUUAAGUCUCUGUAGUCCCCAGGCUGAUCAGUUCUGUGAAUGCAGCCUUUUCCAGUCUUUUGUUCUCUGCUGAACUACCAAAUGGCAUUUGAUGCUUUCAAAGUUUACAAUAUAUUCGUUAUUCUGUUAAUCAAGUGGAGCUGAAAGACAUGUUAAAUGUUACAAAGCAUCAAGUUCUUAAAAUAGUUUCUGUGUUUAAAAGCAAAGGAAACUUAAGUUGAGACUUAACUGGAGAUCAGUGCUGAAAAAGAAGAUCCAGGUUUAGAUAUGGCUUAGGUGAAAAGCCAAUUAUGAGUAUUUCAUUGUAGCAUGCACAUAAUAUAUGAGGGCAAAUACCUGUUUUGGAAUACAUACUUGAUAUUGGCCAUUUCUCAGAAAGCAAAGGUGAACUACUUCCCCUCAUGCCAUUCCCCAUCAGGUAAUUCAAAAACUUGAAAAAACAGCCCUCACCCAAAGAGUAGAUUGUUUUCGUGGGGAGUAUUAAUGCUGUGUUCUGCAAGGUGCUUAUACCUGCAUGGUAGUCAACCUUAGUAUCCAAAGACUUAAGUUAAUCACAGUCAGUAGUCCCUGGUUAGGAACAGAAAGCAAAUUGAAAAUAGUUUUACAGAGAACUGUGGUUUAAUUUCCCAAUCAUUGUACAGUCUAACGUAUAUUAACUACAAAGAGGUACUUUUUAUUUAAAAUUAAAUUCUCUUUGAACUUCAAGUGAUAUUUUUAAAGCUACUUAAGCCAAAUGCAUGCUCCAGAGCUGGGUGCAAUUUGAAGUCUGGAUGAUGAGUCAGAAAUAGUUGGGACGUAUCCUGAAUUCUGAGCUACUCGGUGCUUCUUGCAAACUUACACAUGCAGUAAAAAGUCAGCUUCAGCUUUUGAGUUUCCAUACUGACAUCUGUUAGACUGCUUCUUUUGAUGUCUGAGAACAGUAUGAAUUGGGGGUUGCUUUUGCCUCUUCCUGCUAAUAAACAGCAUAAUUACUAUGUCAGCAUUGAUGUUCACCAACUUUUUAUAAAUUAAACCCCCUCUGGUUACACUUAAUAAUUACAAUGGAAGACCUUUAACUCUGUUAGGGAUCGAGCUAUUCUUAAACCUUAAAUCUGAAGUCCUUGAACAGUGAGAUUCUGAACAAAGUGUGUUUGUGCUGAGCAGUGAGAGCACUGGCUUGCUGCUCUUGAGCCAAGCAGAAAUGGUUACACUUGCAGGCAGAAGGCAGAGAAUACAAAAACUUGUUUGUAUCCUAAAGAUGUGUUGAAGACAAGGGUUUUUUGUAGGUGGAUGCUCAUCUGCAGAUAGUUUUUGCUUGACUAGAAGGUUUGCAUAUAGUUCUAACUUGUGUUUUUUCAUCGACAUUAUUAUAAAAUCAAAGUUUUUUUGCUGGAUUCUUUCAGUAGCUCUUACUUUUGUUUUCAUCCUUGAGUUCUUACAGCACUCCAUCUGCUGAGCAUGCUGAUAUCAUUUUGCUUUUUAAAAAAAUUGUAAGCCCUGAGCAAAAAAUGUAAAUGUAUCUGUCAUGAAAGGUCAACAUCACCCCUUUUCUUGCUGUUAGAGUUGAUGUCAAGUGUUGGAGGUGUCUUGUGCAGGAGAUGCAGGUUUGCUUUACCAAGAAUUAUGUGAAGCUGAUGUUUGAGGGCAGCAGCUCUGCUUGUAACAACAUUCCGUGACUAAACACAAGUCCAGUACAAGUCACUAGUUCUAGUUAGCAGAGUUCUUGAGAAGCCUUUUUAGUUAAAAUACAGGAUAAAAAGGAAAGAAGCUUAAAAUACCAGCUUUCUGUAUCAAACUGGACUGUGGGUAAACACACAGCAAAACUGAAAAGUAGUGUCAGUAUUUCAUCCCCCUGCCUCUUCUUGUUACAUGGUAAGGCCAGUGGGGAAAACUUCUGCUCCCAUCCUUUGUGAUUACAUCCUGUUGUUGCUCUGCAGCCUUUCAGUAGGAGUAAUGGUCCCUGGGGUUCUUUGUUGUGGCUCCAUCUGCUUUUCCACCAUGUUCCAAUUAGUAAAAAAAGAGCCUUUCAAGUGGUAUAAAAUUAUCACACUGUCUGUAGUUGAGGGAGAAAUCUGUGACUAACUUGAUGUCUUCAGUAAAACAAAAGAUGUAGAAUAUAUUGUCAAAGGAUUUAAUGUUGCUGCCAGAAGGAAAACAUAGAAUAUUCCCAAUUUUUGUAAAACAGAAAGGGUUUUGCAUACUUUUUACUCUUUAAAUAAAGACACUUAUACUCUGCUAAUUAUUACAAAUUUCUUUUGUGUUUUGCUUUUCUUUUUUUGUAAUUUUCCAUGAAACAAUUAUUUUCUAUUUUUACUCAGAUAAAGUAUUUGUGGAUAAAAUGUCAAUAUAGUAAAAUAAAAAUGUUAUACAGCUAAUUUGCCUUCUUAAUUUUUCAGACAUUUGUAAUGUCUUUCAGGGACAAGCAGUUCAAAGAUGCAUACCUGCCCUUUAUUCUCUUUUCUCUUAAAGUCAGAAACUCAGUACUGAAAGAAGGCAAACUCAGCUUACAUUCUAAAGAUGCAUCUUCUUUGACUCAGUAUUUGCCUAUGUGUUUCUACUUUUAAUCUGUAACUCAGUGUCCUUUAUUUCUGUUGCAGCUUCCUUUAACAUCUUAAUGGUAAAUCUCAGAAUGGUGCUUAGAUGAAACAAAUGGUGAAAACUCAGUAGCAGGACAGAAUGGAACCCUGUGAAAUUAUUCUGUUUAUGCUUUUAUCAGUGUUUAAAUCAGAAGGGUUCAUGUUGACCUGUAAAUUUUGGACUUUUUCAUUCCUGCAGAUGGCCCCAUUUACUUCAUGUGGCUCUGCUAACAAAACUGCUAGUACUGUCCAUGUUAAAAACAAGAUAAAAUUCUGAUUGUACUGCUCUUACUUUAUUUCUACUGAGACACAAUUUAAUAAUAUUCUCAUUAUACUUCUGGACUGCCAAAUUCAAGACUGAAAUAUUUUGUCAUCUUUACACCUACCACAUCACUUUAUUUUAAAAUGUUUAUGUUUAGCUUAGCAGCAACAACAUGUAAUUGAUGGAAAAUACUGUUUUUUAGACAUUUCAGUAACUUGUUGGACCUGAUGAUCUUAGAAGUCUUUUCCAACCAAAAUUAAUCUAUGAUUUUAAAGUUCACUUACUCCAGUAUCAUACUGAUGGAGGACCUAUUAUUUGGGUUUAUAGCUAUUAGUAUAUUUAUCCAGUGUGAGUUUCUUUUGGGAUUCCUAUCAUACAGAAAUUGUUAUUGAAACAAUGUACGGAAUUACAAUUAACAGCUUACAAUGUCUUUCUUAAUCAAGAUAAGCUGACGUGGGACUCUACUGCCUGAUCAAGAAACUGUUAUAUGGUCCAUGAACACAGGUUGGUGGGGAAUAUUUUUACUGACUGGACUGGGGAGUCUUGUUCUUGAAGGUCAUACAUAUUCUUAAAGGUUGUGGAUUUAAUAUUGCUGUGUCAGGGCUGUUAAAAUAUAUUUGGGUUGAUACUGUUUCAUUUUUUUCCUUUGGAAAAGUAAUUCUUAAUAUGAAUGAUGCUAAACAAGAAAUUAAUUAAAGGAAAGUAAUUAAUGAUUGACUGGUUUUGAGGGUUGUAGCAUGGAAGCCUGUGCAUUAGAUAUAUUAUUGCUCCAUUACAUUUUGCCUCAUUAUUUCAUGAUUGGAGCCCACAGAAUCUAAUCAUGCACCAAACUGAAAUUUUAACAUCUUGCAAUUUUAGAGUAUUGACAUCUUACCCAUUAAUAACUUGAAAUGAAGGUUAAAAAAUGCUGAAAAGGGAGAAACAAAUAUUGUCUGAUAUUGCAGAGGUCUGAUUUUAAUUAAAAUUACCUUUUACUUGUGAAACUGGACUUUUGAAAACAAAAUUAAAUACUUCUAGUGGCAGUUGUAUCAGAAGAUGGGUCUGGAAGCCACAGAACAGAUCUCAUUUACUUUGGAAAGACAGAAGAAUCAGUUGUUGUGUUUGUGGCACACAAUGUCCAUGUAACUUCUUUUUGUAGGUAUUGUGUCACUAACCAGCUGUGAUGGGACAAAAAGAAUCCAAAGAAGUAACUGAUUGUAGUUUUAAGCAACUUGUGCAGCUACUUAAUAAAAAUUAAGUCAGUUUAAAA